UAAUUCACCAACUGCGUAUUUGUGAAUAGCUACAGAAACAGAAAAAGAACUGUUUUUUACUUUCCCUGUUCAGUUUUUCUAGUCUCAAACAAUCAGGGAGACUGUGUUGUAUAAAUCUAAACAAUGUCAGAUGAUAAGAAUCCUCUGGGUCAGCUCAGGGACCUGGUGGAGCUGAAAGACCAGCUGGAGGACAUCCAGAAACGAGUGGAAGACGAAAUACAAGCUGGGAUUCCUCCAGGAGGCAGUCUGCUCGCUUCUCCGUUCUUGAAGGGUUUCCUGGCCGGUUAUGUGGUUGCCAGGCUGCGCUCUUCGGCGCUCAUGGGUGUUGCAGUAGGAACGUGCACGGGGAUAUACGCGGCACAAAACUACGCUGUACCAAAUAUUGAAAACACCGUCAAGGAAUACAUACAGAACCUGAAAGGACGACGUAAAUGAGGAGAAAGUGGCAAAAUAGCGAAAGUUUACAACAUCAAAGUGGUGCUGGUACAGCUGUGAUCGACUGUCUAUAUAACACUCAGUCCCAAUUUGAUCAAAUUUGUGCACCUGCACAAGAACAAAGAGCGGCAGAAUAUGUUUGGUAGACAUGCUCUAAUUACAGACGCACUAAUUAGUCAGUCAGAGAUCAGAGUCAACCAAUCACCUCCGAUUGCUCAUCAUGUAAAAUGCUGAAAAUAUCUGAUAAUAUUUCCCUCCGUUCAUUCAGUUAAUCAUGAUUAACGAAGGUCUACAAUGAACCAAAGUUAUGUCAUCUUUUUAGUUUACUAAAAAUCAAUCAAUCAAUCAAUCACUUUAUUUUGGUGAUUAUUUCACUAUAUUUAUUAUGUAAGACUUCAAGACAUUUACUUCCAAUCAUAACUUUGUGCUGGAUUUAAACUACUCGCCUGUGUAAAAAGAACCAGGAUCACUUUUUUUUCUUCUCUCUCUUCUGUGUUUAAGUCUUUAGAAAAUAAAAUGAGAAUCGGCCUCGAUGUUAAAGAAAACUGGAAAUAUGUGUUGGCCAGGAAAAGCUUGAUCAUUGCAUCUAUAAUUUUAAAAUAAUGCUGUGGUGUUGCUCACCACCAAUUAUGAGUUUUCUUUAACAUCUCAUGUCCUCAGUCGAUCAGAAAUGACCUGUAGGCGCCUUAAUCAAUGUACUUUGUUUUUGUUUGUUUUUUUCUGUGUAUAAAAGCCUCAGCUCAUUAGAUCCCAACUGUUUUUUUGUUUUUUUUUCCUUUUAUUAUUAUUAUUAUGAUAGAACAUUUAUGGUAUAAAGUGGCUUGCCUACAUCACUUUCCUUUUUUGGUUACAGAAUUCAUGUAACUAUUGUUUUUGUUGAAUGUUUAAAAUUACUUUCCUGAUUUACAAGUUGGGACACAUUUUUGCCCCCCUGAUUGCGUCCAACUCUCCC